AAGCAGAAAGAAGAAGAAGAAGGACGAAGAAGAAGAAGAAGAAGAAGAAGAAAAAGAAGAGGAGGAAGAAGACGAUUUUAUUUGUGUAUUAAGAGCACAAGUUAGUUUUCAUUCGUUUUUAUCGUGGAGGUGAAAUGGCUGUUCCAGGUCCUAAUAAAGACAGCAUCAGAGCUGGAUGCAAGAAAUGUGGAUAUCCGGGCCAUUUGACCUUUGAGUGCCGAAACUUUGUCAGAGUUGACCCCCAGAAAGACAUUGUUCUGGAUGUAAGCAGCACCAGCAGUGAGGAGAGUGAAGAUGACGUACCUGCAGCUCAGCACAAUGAAAAGCUGGGGCAACGUGGCCAGCACCAUGCAGGUUCUCGUGACAGUGAUAGAAAAGAGAGACGCAGACGGAAGAAGAGCGGAGAUAGAAAGUCAAGAAAGAGAUCUGUUUCAUCAUCAAGUGAUAAGGAGACAACAAAGAAGAAAAAGAAACGCAGCAUUUCCUACUCCUCAUCUGAUGAAGAGGAUAGAAAGAAGAAAAAGAAACUGAAAAGCCACAAGAAGAGCAGCAAAAAGAACAAAAGGGAGCAGAGGAAGCAUCACAAGAAGAAACAGAAGAGGAGGAAACACGAAUCAUCCUCUUCUUCUUCCAGCUCCACUGACUCCUCAGACAGUGACUGAACUGCUGUGCAGUGUGCCGACGUCCAACAUAUUUAUUCUCCAAUCCAUGAAAAGUGUGUUUUGAAGACACUGUGCACAUAAGGCACCCAGUCUUGUACAGUAUGAAUAUAAUCCAGGGUGGGGGUUUUGUUUUUCAGGACAGACUGUGAUAUCACAUUUGAGAGGCCUAGAUUAGAAUCGGAUGAGUUAUAAAUGCAAAACACAGGGAUUCAAAACACUGGCUUGUGACAUGCAGAGCAGUUGUUAUAUUACUACUUACAUAUUACAUCAGGGUAAGAACUUUCCAAGUCCAGUUAAGACUAAGAAAGAACAAGUAGUUUGAUGGAUUCCCAUAGCAGGUUUCCAGAUGUGUCACAAAAAAUAAAAAUGAACAAACAUGGAGAUGUUGGCUAACAUCAGUUGGCUAAAAGAGGUUUGAUCUUCUCUUUUGCAUAGAGGUGCUUAAAUGAUGUACUUUUUCUCUGAUGAUGGCUGUAUAGUACACUGAAGCUCCUAGAGGUUCCUGCUAAUACAACAUGGUUGUUAGUGAUGUGAUUAUAGCCAACAAUUGCAUUUUUUCACUGUCACCUUGUUGAAAACCAUUAGCUGAGCAUCUUAGUUAACAUUUUACACUUUGUUUCCCUUUGCUUUAGUCUAUCAUUUUUUGCUCCUGUCCAGGUUUUUUCAUAAUAAACAUAUAUUUGUAUGAAAUUGUUACUCAGUUUAGAUAUUUUAAUAACUAUGUAAUUAUAAAAGGUGAUAGAUCAUCGUGGUAAUCAUGAUGCAAGGUAAGGGUGCAUGGUAAGGGAGAUUCAGUCUUAUUUCCUGUAGAGGGCAGCAACACACCUAAAGCAUUUACAAUGUUUCAGCUGAUUGAGAGCAGUGGUGUGGCUCAUGCAAAUAAGAAAUUGGACAAUAUACUGUAACUUUUUUCAAUACAAGUGACAAGCUGAAAAUAUAUUUUAAAAAUCACUUGUUGAAGGUGGAAAUGAAGAAAGCUGCAUUAGGUUAGAGAACUGAUUUCCAAAGCUAUACAUAAAGUUUAAUGUAAUUCA